AUGUCGACACCAGCACGUCGGGGGGCCCUGCCCCUGCGCCCCCCGGGGGAUGUGGGGGAGAACGGGGGUCGCACCCCGCUGUGGGGCCGCAUCCGGAGCCGCUGUGGGGCCGGGGAUGGCGGCGUGCACCGGGAACGCGGGGGGAUCACUGCGGAGGGCGCUGAGGGUCGCCCCCCGGAGCCCCCCGACCCGCCCGUGCCACCCCACCCCCGUUCCCAGCAGCCCCUGCUCCCAGCCCCCCCUUUUCCUCCCCGGACUACACGUCCCGUCAUGCCCGGGCUUAAAGCGGCUCUGCCGCCCCCCACCCCCGCCCCCAGCCCCGCAGCUCGGCCCUGCGACCCCCGAGGGGGUCGGUGUGGCCGCCCCCCAGCCCCCAGCCCCCCCCCACGGAUCCCCCCGCUCCCUGGGUCACCCUGGGGCCCUCCUGGCCUGCCCGGCGCUCCCAGCGUGGCGGGGCAGCGGCAGCGUGACGGCCCCCCCGGCCCUCCCCGCCUGUUCCGUACACUUUAUCCUCAGCAAACACGGCACGGCCGCGGCCCCCCGCAGCCGUCUGCCCGCGAUAAGGCCCAGGACGUGCCAGCAGUGCCCCCGUGGGAAGGGGGAGCCCCCCACGCUGGCCCCCGCUCGCCCCUCGCCUGCCCCCGGCGCUGGGAACGGCCCCGGCCCCUUCCGGCCCCCCCCCCCCCCCCGGCCCCGGGCCGGAGGCAGCUGUGCCGGGGCGCCCUGCCAAGCACCGAAACCUCGACGCCUUCCCCCCAACCCGGGGAGCUGCGACCCCCCAAGCACACCCUGCCACCCCCCACCACCCCCUUGCCCCCUGAAUUUGGGGGUACCGUGCCAAGGAGGGAGGGGGGUCCACCACAACCUGAAGAUCCCCGUGUUGUGUUUUCCUCGGCCAGCUGUGGGAAGCGGCCCCCCCUGCACAGGAAAUCCCUCCUCACGGCCAGGGCUGCCCCCGGCGGGACCCCCCCUCUCUGCCGGGGCCCCUCGCCGGCUGGGCAGCGCUGCUCGCCCGCCUAA